AUGCGCACUUCUCUGCUCGCCCUUGGCUUUGCCGCCAGAGCUCUUGCUCAAACAGCUGCCUCAUAUGUGGAUGCCAACACUGGUAUCACAUUUGAGGGUGUUACGGACACUACCGGCUUUCAGUAUGGUAUGGUUAUGGAGGCCAAUGCCACAUCUGACUUUAUUGGUCAAAUCGUAUUUCCAAGCACGGAUGGUUCAGGAUACGGAGGUAUCUCAUUGACUGGUGAUAUGGUUGGCAGCAUGUUGAUUGUUGCUUGGCCAAGUGGAACUGAUGUCAUCGCUUCGUUGCGUGAGACUAGUGGAUACACUUCUCCAGGCGCCUACGCAAACGCCACUGCACAACUGUUGCCAAUUGCAGAUGGUACCUUUGUUAACUCAACUCAUAUGUCAUACACUUUCCUUUGCCAAGCUUGCAUUGGAAACACUUAUACUUUCGCGUCUGGUGCUACUCAAGUUAUCGUUGGAUGGGCUCUUGGUAAUGGCACGGUUACAAACGCUGCAUCUGCUUCUGAUGCUACUUUCACAUACCACGGUACCGGGUAUGGUGAUUUCGGCAUCACAACUGCCAGUGCGGUUAACGGCAACUACGCAACCUGGGCCGCCAUGGCUAGUACCGUUGUCGCCAGCAACAUAACCGCAUCAAGUACCACUACAACCUGCUCAAACACUACCGUGUCAACUUCUGACUCGACCUACGACUAUAUAAUUGCAGGUGCUGGGCCAGCCGGUAUCAUCGUUGCAGAGCGUCUCGCCGAGAGCGGUGCAUCUGUCUUGAUGUUGGAAAGAGGAAAUGUUUCCACUUAUGCUAGUGGUGGUCGAGCCACUGUUUCAUGGAAUGAUACUGUCACUCAAUAUGAUGUUCCUUCCAUGUCAUACUAUCUCACAACCGCCUCUGUCACCGACGAGUACUGCACAGACACUGCCUCGAUGGCUGGAUGUCUUCUUGGUGGUGGUACAAUGGUUAACGCUUUGAUGUUUGUUCGUCCACAAGAAGCUGAUUUCGAUGACAAGUGGCCAACUGGAUGGAAGUGGACCGAUGUCAGUGCAUCAGCCGACAGACUCUACGAGCGUAACCCUGGUACUACCUCCCCUACUGCAAACGAUCAACGUUACGAUCAGACCGCUUGGACCAUAAUUUCUUCAUUUUUGGGUGGUCUCGGAUGGUCCGAAGUUGAUGCUAUCGAAUCACCAAAUAAGAAGACUCAAGUUUACUCUCACCCACCUUGGGAUAUCCAAGAUGGUCUCCGUGCUGGUCCAGUCAAAUCAUACUACCCUCUCGCCACCGCUUUGAGUAACUUCAAGGCCCAACUCAACACGAAGGUUGUUAGAGGUAUCCGAAGUACUACCAACAGCACAACUUUCUCUGGUAUUGAAGUUGAGAACGUCAGCACAGGUGUCAACCAAAUCAUCAACCUCAAUGCAGGUGGUAAGCUCAUACUCGCGGGUGGAGCAAUGUCUACUCCCCGUAUAUUGAUGAACAGUGGUAUUGGUCCAACCGAUCAAAUUACAACCGUAAAAAACGGUCGCAGCUGUGUUACCCUCCCGAGUGAAUCUGACUGGAUUGACCUCCCAGUAGGCAAGAACCUCAAGGAUCAUCCAAUCUUCACUCUCCUCUUCAACGUCACCGGUUCCAUGGCCAGCAAUUCUACUUCCAUGUUAUCUACCGCCUUCACCAGCCCAGACACCACUAACAUUGAUCUCUUCGCCCAACAAACCGGACCACUGGUACAAUCGGGCCAAAGAUUGAACUUCUGGACUUCCCUCAAUACCACCACCGAUACCAAAUACUUCCAAGGAACGUGUAAUUCCCCCGCCGACGGCCAAGUUCGUAUCAAGCUCUAUCUCACCCACGGCUUAACAUCCUCCGGUGUCCUCGGCAUCACGAGCGCAGGCGCCACGGAAUUCACCACCAACCCCUGGAUGAACACCGCCGACGAUAAAUCAGCCGUCGUAACCAUGAUCGACUAUCUUCUCCACGCCGCUACCAACAGCAGCAUUCUCGUUCCCGCAGAUAGCACCAUUACCGGGGCUUCUAUGGUCGCAGCCGCCAAUUACGUCACCGGGGAUCAUUUUACCGGUACGGCUAUCAUGGGUGCGACGAAUGAUGGAUCGAGUGUCGUGGAUACGGAUACUAAGGUUUGGGGCACGGAUAACUUGUUCGUGGUGGAUGCAUCGAUGCAUCCGGAUAUGCCGACGGGUAAUACACAGGCGAUUAUUAUGGUGGCUGCGGAGCAGGCUGCGCAGAAAAUCUUGGCGUUGAGUGGUGAGACGAUUUCGUCUAGUGCAAGUACGGCCACUACUUCAACUUCGUCUUCUUCUGGUAGCAGUAGCAGUAGCGCUGCUCCGGUUACAGCUUCAGCUCCAGCUGUUUCAAGUAUUUCUACUUCUGCUUCUUCGGCGGCUACUACAGCUACAAGUGCUGAUUCUGAUGAUGCUGAUGAUGACGAUACUUGUCCUAUUGGCUACGAGCUUGUCGAAUAG